AUGGCGCGGGGCACGAUGACGUGGGCGCGAACGACACUCGCGCGAGGGACGGGCGCGGGGGCGACCGUCGCGGUGCGAGGACGCGGACGCGCGCACGCGCGCUCGACCCGAGGUCGAGGUCCUCGAGCUCGGGUCGCCCCGGUCGCGCGCUCGAGCGAAGAGGAGGGUGAGACCGCGGAGGCGGUGGAUGCGAACGACGAGGAUGAAGACAUCGUUGACGUCGAGGAGACGAUCGAGUCCGAGGCACACGGCGAAGAGAGCGAACUGAGCAAGCUCUUGGGACAACUGGACGUGGUCGUCGGGGACAACGCCGAGGCGCGGGAGAUUUUGGCGCUCCUCAAGACGGAGAUGGGUGACGCGAACGCGAAAAUGGUCGGGAUGGAAGAUCAAGUGGGUGCGAUGAAGGACCAAUACUUGCGCCUGAACGCGGAUUUUGACAACUUCCGCAAACGCACGGCGAAGGAAAAGGCGGACGCCGCAAACACGGCGAAGGGCGCGUUCGUCAAGGCCAUGUUGCCGGUCCUCGACAACUUUGACCUCGCUGAGAAGAACAUCAAGGGGAACAACGAGGGUGAAGAAAAGAUUCUCACCGGAUACCAAAACAUCGUCAAGCAAAUGUACGAGAUCUUCGAAUCCCAAGGACUCGUCACCGUCCCGGGCGUCGGAGAAAAGUUCGACCCGAUGGACCACGAAGCUAUCAUGCGCGAAGAGACCGACGAGGUCGAAGAAGAAACCAUCAUCGAAGAAUUCAGAAAGGGCUACAAGAUCGGCGACUCGCUCAUCCGCCCUUCCAUGGUGAAAGUGUCUACGAAGCCGUGA